AUGAACCCAAUCCUUUCUCUUGCCAUGCUGGCCAUGGUCCAGUCAACGGAGGCCCGAAUUGGUCGACUCUCCAUCCCCACAAGCGGCCAGGAGUGCUGUCCUUGCCCCGUAUCCGCCCCCUCUGGUGCAGCAGUGACGACUGUGACGGUGACGCAGCUGGGAACUGCCACCGAGACGGUGACUGUCACUGUUGCGGUCGCGGCCGCGCAAAUGGCCGCGGCUAACAACCUGGGCCUGCAAGUGGAAAACACGUCCUUGAGUGGAACGGACAUGUUCACUAUUCAGCUGGAGGAAAUAACACAAACGGUGACUGUCACCAAAGGCAUGACGGGGGAAACGCCUCGUUAUUCCGACCCGGGCGUUGCCAUCAACACUGCCGAUCUCGAGAGUGAGGGCCCGACGACGGUGACGGUCCAAGCCAGGCCGCUUCACAAAAUCGUCACCAUCACAGUACGGGGGUCACCUUCCGACUAUCCGGUCCCAGCAUCUCCCACCGCCUUUUACACCGCACCGGAAAUAGCCAAAGCGUACAUCCCCUUCAAUCAGUCUCAGACGGAUGAUGGCGAGAUGGUGGUUACCAGAACCAUCACCACCGACACCGCUGACAUGUCGGACGAAGCCUACCUUCAGGAUGCCACGGCAGCCCCUGAGGCACAAGAUUACGUCCAAAACGCUGGUGGCUACCGGACAGUUUCAACGACGACUGGCGGCAGUGACGGCUCGGCGCCCAUGUACGUGCCGCCUUUGUACACUGCGCCCUGCCCCUACAGGAUGAACUCGACGAGCAUCGCGACCGUCUACAAUACCGUCAGGGUCACGCUUGAUCGCGGGAGGACUGGAAAUGCCACAUCGGCCACACUGGCCUCAUCGGCCUCAUCGGCCACAUCGGCCACAUCGGGCACGGCGGGCUCGGCGGUCAUGACCAUCACGUCGGACGCGUCGACCACGUCGGCCACCACAGACCCCACGGGCAUUGGGAGUUCCGGAAUGAGGAAGCGAACGCCAAGGGCACCCCUGGCACUGAGGAGAAGUUGGUGA